GUCAACAUUUCCGAUGGCACUUGAAGGCACCCGCCGUGGAAUCCUAAUUGGAGGCAGAUUUUUCAGCGCGAGGAGUGGCUUCUUCAACUUUUGCUUCCCGAGACAGCGGAUUCAUCUUCCCCCUAGAUGAGCAAGUUAGUGGUUUUGUAAACAAGUGGGUGAAGAGAUUAGUUUGGAAGAUUUGGAGUCGGCGAAACUGUUUUCCAAAGGUGAAACCAUGUUUGUGGUGUGUGCGCGCUCUUCAGUUUGAGGAUGGAGUCAUCUUGUCUGGACCUGGCUCUGGAAGGCGAGCGGCUCUGUAAGACUGGUGACUAUCGUGCCGGCGUGUCCUUCUUUGAGUCUGCCAUCCAGGUUGGAACAGAGGAUCUCCAAAUCCUUAGCGCCAUCUACAGCCAGCUGGGCAAUGCCUACUUUCACCUGCAAGAGUAUAACAAAGCCUUGGAGUACCACCGGCAUGACCUCACACUGACCAGAACAAUUGGAGAUGAGCUUGGUGAGGCAAAAGCCAGUGGCAACCUUGGGAACACAUUAAAGCUUCUGGGACGGUAUGAUGAAGCAGUGGUUUGUUGCCAACGACAUUUGGAUAUCACAAGAGCCAUUUAUGAUAAGGUUGGGCAGGCUCGAGCGCUGUAUAAUUUCGGGAACGUUUACCACGCCAAAGGCAAGAGCAUCUGCUGGACUGGAGCAGAGCCAGGAGAGUUCUCAGAGGAGGCCAGGAUAGCCCUGAGGAAAGCUGCACAGUACUAUGAAGCAAACCUGUGCAUGGUGAAGGAGUUGGGCGAUAAGGCAGCCCAGGGUCGUACCUACGGUAACCUUGGAAACACGUACUAUCUGCUGGGCGAAUUUGAAAAUGCAGUAGCUGCACAUGAAAACCGGCUGCUCAUCGCUAAAGAGUUUGGGGAUAAGUCAGCUGAGAGGCGGGCACACUGUAACCUUGGCAAUGCUCACAUAUUCCUCGGCCAGUUUGAAGUGGCAGCUGGUCAUUAUAAGAGGACUCUGCAGCUGGCCAGGCUUUUGAAGGACAAAGCAGUGGAGGCUCAGGCCUGUUACAGUCUGGGCAACACCUACACACUACUUCGGGACUAUGAGAGGGCCAUUGAUUACCACCUCAAACAUCUGGUCAUUGCUCAGGACCUGAACGACAGAGUCGGUGAAGGAAGAGCAUACUGGAGUCUAGGAAAUGCCCAGACCGCCCUGGGGAAUCAUCAGCAAGCCAUGUACUUUGCUGAGAAACAUCUGGAAAUUGCCAAAGAGACCGGAGACAAAAGCAGUGAGGUGACAGCCAGGAUGAACUUGUCAGACCUACGGCUGGUCAUAGGCCUGAAGUCCAACUCCAAUAUACACCCGCAUAUCUUCCGCAACACCAACAGCUCUGUUCUGGCAACAAGCUUCCAGGGUUACCCCAACCUCUCGGGGGUCAAGUCUCCAUCACGGAGAACAGACAGCGCAGAUAACCUGGACCUGAGUUCGCAUCCUGACAAAAAUCAAAUUGGACAUCCUUCAGCACAUUCAGACUGGGAGGAGGACGUUUUCCCUGGAUCUUCAAAAAACAGCACAAUCAAGGCGUCUGCUAAGCUCUUUCUCUUCCACCGGCUGAAAAGCAAGAAGCAGAAGAACAACAAAUCAUCUCCUAAAAACCAGCAUGAAACCCACACUGAGGACUCGGCUCCUCAACUGGAUACGCCAGUGUCUGCUAAGCCAGGAUCGCAGGACACUAUUGGGGAGGACGGCUUUUUCGACCUCCUCUCUCGUUUCCAGGGCACCAGACUGGACGACCAAAGGUGCUCCCUACUGGAUGGCCCGAGCCAUCUCCCUGCCCAAUCCUCUCCCUCCUCCACCCCACCUGUAGCCGAAAGGAAAUCUAUUUUGGAGUGCGAAACACCAUUGCAGGAUCCUGGUCAUUUCCUGGAGCUGCUGGCCAGCUCCCAGGCCCGUCGUCUGGACGACCAACGAGUCAGUCUGAGCCAUUUUCCUGGCUUACGGCUCAGCACCUCCAGCCCGCCGCAUACACACUCCACCUCCAGCACAGAUCAAGUCCACCCACAAGCCCCAGACUCCAGUGCAGAUACUCCUCACACACCCUCCCUCUACAGUCGUCUCGAGGCAAGCGCUGAGCACCCGGAGGGGGAUGAUGUCUUCUUCGACAUGCUGGUUAAGUGCCAGGGCUCCCGGCUUAAUGACCAGAGGUGUGCUGCUCCACCUUCAGCAAAUAAAGGCUCUACUGUUCCAGAUGACGAUUUUUUCAGUCUCAUUCUGCGGUCUCAGUCCAACAGAAUGGAGGAGCAGCGAGUCUUACUGCCUGGUGUCACACAGUCAAAACCAGACUGACUCCAUGAGUGAGUUUUCUUAUUGUCUCAGGAUAACAGAUGAAGUAACCUAAGUACCAUUUUUUUCUUCAUGAAGAAUUCUUUUUUUGCAACCCACAAUACCUUGAUUCCUGCCUUUCUGGAUUGACAAUUGGGAUUGUCAACUGACACAAUAGGGAAUCAGUGUCUCAAACUCUACAAAGCUUAUCAUUGGGACAGUAAAAUCAUGGGAAAUGAAGGUUUUCAAGACCUGUGGACUUGUUUUUAAAUAGCUGAAAGCGUUUCCGGCGUCGCAACCAUUUUUUUUCUUAUGGCGCCCCCUGCUGCCUGUUUUAAUCAGAGAUCUCUGCACCAGCGACGUCCGCCUACUCUGAGGAGGCUUGCAUCAAGCCACUCGAACAAACUGUGGGUUGUGGUGAUAUGUGUUUGGGCUAAAAGGAACAUCAGCCAAACCAAAAGGAUUUCUGCUUUGAGGUGAUUCACAAAGAGGCAAUUCUGUGAACCUGCUUCUGAGGUUCUGCAAAUAACAAACUGGAACAUUGCACAAGCUGUUCUGUCCAUUUGCAGUUACGGUUGUGUAAGAGUGGCAUGUCUUGUUUUGAAUUCAUCUGCAGACCUCUCCAACAAUAACUCAGAGGGGCACUUGACAAAUCUUCUUUGGGGAAAUAAAGACCCACAUCCACCUUUACUGCUGAACUUGUGACUGGUGGAGCCAUUUAUAAAACCUGCUUCCCGAUAUUACAUCUGAACACAAAGACUGUAAGGACAGUUUUACAUUGUUAAAGGUUGUAAGGGUGGAGUUGUCGCCAUGAACUGAAUAGGUAUUUUUCUUUGUUAUAACAAAAUUUUAUAAGGGAUUAAUUUAGUGUGAGAAAAAGACAAAUGUUGUUUUAGCUUUUAUAUGCAUAACUUCUCCUGACAACGGAGAAAUAAAAUCUCUUGAAUUCA